AAGAAAGUUGAGAAAAAAGGGAAAGGGACAAAAGCCCCAGCAGUGGUGGAUGCCCUGUCCCCCCAGGACAUGAGCAAGGAGGAGCUGGAGAAGCAUGUCGUGCGUCUCCGGGAGGAGCUGGAGCGGGAGCGGGAAGAGCGGAACUAUUUCCAGCUGGAGCGGGACAAGACUCACUCCUUCUGGGAAAUCACCCGGCGGCAGCUGGAGGAGAAGAGGGCAGAGCUGCGCAACAAGGACCGCGAGCUGGAGGAGGCUGAGGAGCGGCAUCAAGUGGAGAUCAAGGUUUACAAGCAGAAGGUGAAGCACUUGUUGCAUGAACACCAGGAAAACCUCGCUGAGCUGAAAGUGGAGGGCAUGGUGUCCAUGAAACGGGCCCAGGAGAAUCACUGGGCCCAGGAGAUGGAGCUGUGGAAGGACAUGCGCUCCUUGAAAGUGGAGCUGAAGGAGCAGGAGCUGGCCAAGGAGGUGGUGGUGAAGGACAUGAACCUGAAGCAAGAGGAGGAGAUCACCCAGCUGCGCAAUGACUUUGAGAGACAGGUGAAAGAGAUCGAAUCUCGGUACGCCGAGAAGAUGCAGGCUCUGCAGGAAGAGCUCGACUUGAGGAGGAAGACUGAGAUCCACGAGGUGGAGGAGAGGAAGAACCACCACAUCAGUGAGCUGAUGAGAAACCAUGAGAAAGCCUUUAAUGACCUCAAGAGCUACUACAAUGACAUCACCCUCAAUAACCUGGCGCUCAUCAACUUGCUGAAGGAGCAGGUGGAAGAGAUGAAGAAGAAAGAGAAUCACCUGGAAAAAGAGAAGGCAGAUGUGCUGCUGGAGAACAAGCAGCUGAAGGAGCCUCUGCAGCAGGCCCAGGAGCAGGUGGCUGAGCUACAGAAGAAGUUGGUUCACUAUGACAAGGACAAGGAGUCCCUGAUGAACACCAGAGCCCGUCUGAAAGUCACCCAGAAGGAGCUGAAGGAUCUUCAGUGGGAACAUGAAGUGCUGGAGCAGAGGUUCAGUAAGGUGCAGUCGGAGCGGGAUGAGCUCUAUCAGAAGUUCACCAAAGCCAUUCAAGAGGUGCAGCAGAAGACUGGCUUCAAGAACCUGCUGCUGGAGCGCAAGCUGAAAGGUCUCAUGGGAGUCCUGGAGAAGAAGGAGGUGGAGCUCAGUGAGGUUCUUGCAGCCUCCAACCUGGAGCCAGGUGCCGUCUCCUUGGUCUCGCACAAGCUGGAGGAUGUCCUCAAUUCCAAGAAUGCCACCAUCAAGGACCUGCAGUUCCAGCUAGCCCGAGUCUGCAAGGCACAUGAUGACAUGCUGCAGACCUUCGAGGCAAAGCUGAUGGCCUUUGGGAUCCCUCUGGACAACCUAGGCUUCAAGCCACUGGCCAGCCCCACACUGGGGAGGGCUGUGGGGCAGGGCCCUGCCGGGCUUGUCGCUACACCUACCUGAUGCCAACUGGCACCCAAGGAGACCCACCG